AUGCACGUCCCAGCGGGCGUGCAGCCGUGCCCGUCAUGCUACGCCUACUGUGUCCCUCGGGCAGCAUGCCCAGGUGGUAUCCCCCCGCCUCCACCUGUGCCGCGGCACGCCCACCCACCUGUCAGGCAGAACAGCCCCCAUGGCAGCCCAGCGAACAGCCCUCACCACAGCCCCCACCGAACCCAGCCGCGGCCCAUGGGCCACCCUCCGCCGUGUAACCACCAGGGGCUGUACGGCGGCCUUCGCUUCGGCUCCCUCCCCCACUCGCAGCCUGUGCCCAAGGUGCCCCCCCACUACAACUCCCUGCCCCACCAGCAGCCCCCUCCGCCUCCCCCGCCCUCGCACCAGGGGCCCUGCCAUCCUCCUCCCCAUUCCUUCAGCCACAAUGAUAUUCCUCCUCCUCCCCCUCCUCCACACGCUUCCCUCCCCCCAGGUCGCCCUCACAUUUUCCAGCAGUCGCGUUUCCAGCACCUCCCCCCGCCGGAGGAGUCCCCGCCACCCCCGCCCCCUCCACACGGAUCACACCCUUGCCAGCAACAUCGCCACCCCCUCCCUCCCUCUCACCCUCAGCCCUUCUAUGGUAACCUGCAGCCCGGACUUCCCCCACACGUGCAGCGCGCCCAUCCCCCACACUACCAACAGCCCCCACACCCACAGCCCUACCACGGCAGUUUGCACAAGCAGAGCAACAACCACCACCCCGCCUCCACCACCAGUACUUACUCCUCCUGCUAUCCUCAGCUCCCUCCCCCCCCCCCCCCGCCCCUCCCUCCGCCACUCCCACCCCCGCAGCCCUUCAGCCAGCUGCGAUAUGGGUGCCUGCCCCAUCAGCAGCUGGUGCCACCGCCCCCCCCGCCCCUGCAGCUCCAGCAUCAGCACCACCUCCAACUCCACGGCUGCGGUCCGCCCCACUUCCACCACCGGAUCCUCGAACUGACCGGGCCUGUAUG